AAAAGUCGCGCGUACGGUGCACGGCCAACACCGCCGCGUCGCGUGAAGCGAGGAAGCAAGUGCAGAGGGAAACGAAGGAAGGCAAGCGGGCAGGCAGGAAGGAAGAAGGCGAGAAAAUUCUUCGGCAGAUCGUCGCGAUGAUUCGCCGAUGCUUCUUUCGGCUAGCAUUUCUCCCGACUUACGUCGCCGCGCUCGCCGAUACGUGAUCGGCCGAGUAACGCAAGCCUCUCGCCUUUGCUGCGAUCUCGUCGAAACCUUCCGAGACGACGGUGGACCUACAUUUCGACGAAAUGAGGGACCAUCCGUCGCGCCUUUUCUCCGAUACGAGAACGGUCGCGUAGGAAUGCCAGAAUGAGAGGAGUGGCGUUUCUAGGGACCAUCAGAUCGGUUCGCGGAACAUUCCUCAGGACGCUCGUCCUCGUCUUCCUGGCAACCUUCCUCUGGCUUCAGCUCCACGUCAUCAGUCUGACCGGGCGAAACUCCGCUGGACAAGCCUCCUCCAACGAGACGCUGUUCGCCCUCGUACCCCAAGAGUUGCACAGGUUUCUCAAGGAUCGCCGAAACGGUUCUUCCUCCACGUUGACCAACGCCACCACCGACGCGCUCACAGAGUUCGAGAUCGCGGAAAUUCGUCGGAACAUAGAGAGAGCAAAUGCCGAACAGAGAGUCUACAACGAAGAAUCGUUCGGCCCGCUGGCCAUCGACGCCCCCGUCAUAGUGAUUCAGGUGCACACAAGGCUCACCUACCUCAGACACCUGAUCGUGUCGUUGGCUCAGGCGAGAGGAAUCGAGCAAACCCUUCUGGUCUUUAGUCACGACGUCUGGCAUCCGGACAUCAACUAUCUAGUGCAGAGCGUCGACUUUUGUCGGGUCAUGCAAAUAUUCUAUCCUCACAGCAUACAGACGCAUCCUCGGACCUUUCCCGGCGAAGAUGCCAACGAUUGUCCGCGAAACAUUCGCAAAGAACAAGCCCUCAAUCUCGGAUGCAUCAACGCCAAGCAUCCCGAUCUAUACGGACACUACAGAGAGGCGAAAUUCACGCAGACCAAGCAUCAUUGGUGGUGGAAGGCGAAUCGCGUCUUGGAUCAACUCUCCGUCACCAAGAAUCACACCGGUAUGGUACUUUUCCUCGAGGAGGAUCAUUACGUUGCCGAAGACUUUCUCCACGUUCUCAGACUGAUGGAGCGCACCUGCAAGCACAGCUGCGAGAGAUGCAACGUUCUCUCUUUAGGCACCUAUCUCAAGACCUACAACUAUUUCGCCGACUUUAGCCGAAAGUUCCUUGGCGUCAACAGCGCCCUGCAAAAGGAACUCCUGCGUGGAUUAAAGAGUCAGCGAGAAGCGUCUACGACGGGGCAGCAGUUGGCAAGAAUCAACGACCUCGGAGCUGUCGGUGGUAGCGGCGCGAUUCCAAGCGGUACCGGUAGCAGUACCAGCGGCAGCAGCAGCAGCAGCAGCAGCAGUAGUAGCAGCAGCAGCAGCAGCAGCAGCAGCAGCAACAGCAUCAGCAGUAGCAGUGCAGGCGGCAGCCGCACGGCCAGCGGCACGAGAAACACUGGAAACGCCAACGUUACCGGUGCCCUCUCGUCUGCCGCUCGGAACGUGCAGGCGGUGCAAGCUGUCUCCGCAUGGGCUUUCCAGCUCCUACCCGACCUCUACAAUCAUUAUCAAAAGGCCGAGGUGAUCCCUUGGAUCUCCAGCAAACACAACAUGGGGAUGGCGUUUAACCGCGUCACGUGGAACAAGCUGAGAAAGUGCGCCGCCCAGUUUUGCUCCUACGACGAUUACAACUGGGACUGGAGCCUUCAGCACAUCGCGCAAACCUGUUUGCCGGCGAGCAAAGGAGCUGGAAUCGCGCCUCGCACCGACUCCGGCUUGAUCACCAUGAUGAUGAGAGCACCUCGAGUUUUUCACAUCGGGGAAUGCGGAGUCCAUCACAAGAAGAACAAUUGCGAGUCGACCGCUGUGAUAGCCAAGGUUCAGAACGUUCUAAAGGCCGCCCGAGACCACCUUUUUCCUACUCAACUCACGCUUACCGUAGCUGGCACUGCGAAGAAGACGAAGCUCAGGAAAGGCAACGGGGGAUGGGGCGACACGCGAGAUCAUCGACUUUGUUGGAACAUUACCAUUUACCCGGAUCUCGUUUUACCCUAAGAGCCCCCCCCCCCCC